AUGGAAAUGGUGGCUGCGGAGCGCAACCAUCUCGACACCGCCAAGCUCGUGAACUAUAUUGCGCAGGCGAAGAAGCCGCUCAAGACGGAGCUUUGCGGGAUCCUGAAAUGGGCGUACGAGUUGUCGCCCAAGAGCGAAAGGCAGUAUCCGGCUUGCGUUGCUGUCCUGAAAUGGAUGGACCGGUUGAAGAUCAAACCAGAGUACCGCGUCCAGUUUGAGAUCGUGACCGGUUGGAUUGACAAGGUGUUGGACGCUAUUCGUAAGCGUGCCGGCGCCCAGGUGCAUGCGGAGACGAUUGUGCGCACCCACAAGGACAUAUAUUGCUUGCUCAUGCCCGUUGCCUCCAUCCGUGCUCCGAUCCAGGCCGAUCGGAAGUACGAAACCGUGCCCGAGCACGUCCGUGCUGUGGUGAACUCGUGCGACACCGGGGAGAAGAUGUUCUCUUUCGCGCUCCUCGAGCUCGUGGCCAACACCGUGAGGGACAAGAUCCGCGAACACAUUGAUGUGUUCAUCAAGAAGCCGAUUACGGAGGAGUCGCUGAACGAAUCGACGUUCGCGUUCGCCGCAGAGGUGGAGCUCUUGCCGAAUGUGAGGUUGCUUCUGUUGAAGCGCAAUAUCCUCUUAGACUAUGGCGGCAGCGCCGUGCUUCCGAAGCCGGCGGGCACCAUCCACCAGGAGGUCAAGGCCCGCUUCGUGGCUGCUUGGAAGAGCGUCGCGAGGGCCCAGGGCAAGAUCGUCAAGCUGUGGGGGGAGGAGCACAUAGGCGUAGAGGGGUGCGGCAACGUGGACGUCAAUAUGUGUGGCCCUUGCAACGCCGGCCGUGAGGAGUGGAACAUGGUCGUGGGGGAAAAGGAGCCCGCGAGCGCAGGCGCCGUCAUGAACUUGUCCGAGGAGGUCUACACCAAGAUGAUAGGUUUUGAUCCAGAGUGGGGCACGGAUAUAUGCAUUCUGGAUUCAUCGGCAGGGCAAGGCAGCGAGGCCCGCGUCUGCCAGGCGAUGAAGACUCACUUUGCUUCUGCUGAGCAGGCCACCGCGCCGCAAAAUGUGAUACAUGCCCUGCCCGCCAUGUGCGGCACCGAUUGCUACCAGCUUGCUUCGCGCGCGGCCCACGCCAAACACAGCAUGGGCAAGAUUGUCGACGAGGAAGCGCCUCAGUUGGACACCUUCAAGGACGACCCGCUGGUCUCGGACAUCAUCGACAACUCCCUGCAGUACUUCGCGAGGGAGGAGCAACAGGAGGGCGGCACCGCCACCAAGCUCGACGUCGCCCCCUUGAAAACGUACCAGUAUUUCCUCGAUGACAGCGUGAAGCAAGAUGCCCUGGCCUUGGUCAAGGCCGUGGAGGCGUCCUCUGAGCAGAUCGCCAUCAAGAAGGCCGGCCCCAGGAAGGCCGCCGCCAAAAAGAAGGCGGACAAGGCCAUGGAGGAGGCCAUGGCGAUGUUCACGGGCGGCAAGGCCCUCGCCGACUGCGUGCGGCCGGUCCCGGCCACGGUGGCACUGGCCCCUGGGCGGCGCUGCGCCCGCCAUCCCGACGCGGUCUCCACGAGCUUCCGGUCCGAGCCGACCCAGAUGCAGCCGUCGGGCGGCCGCCAGUACCUGGGGCAGGAGUCGGACCACUCGUCAGGCGACAUCGUCGUGCUGGACGGGAAGGGGCAGGAGGUGCGCGUGCCGGCCGGGCAGAAAAAGGAGUUCGCCGUGCUGCCAGACGCCGGCGGCUGCCUCCUGUGGAGGCCGAUCAGUCUGCCGCCCAACAGCCCAGCUGUCGCGAAGCAGAAGCCGCUUCCCCAGGGGACGAAUUAUGUGGAGGUGCACAACGAGUACGGCGAGACGAUCACGUUCUCCUGCUACACCACGGCGGCGCAUGGCAUAUCGCAGGCCACGCCGCGGCUCGGCAGCGCGGCCGGGUCCGUCAGCGCCCCGCCGCGCCCGGGCGCCGGCGCGGCGGCGUUUCAGGACCCGUCGGCGACUUUGGCCGCGGUCCACGGCUACCUGCAGCAGGAGACACCUAUGCGCAACGCCUGCUUGGCUGGAGGUGCGGCCGUGGUGGUGUACAGCUUCAUCCAAGUCAUCUCGAUCUACAGCAUCCUGGAGAGCAAGAUGCGCUACGUCGUGAGCUGCUACCUGCUGCUCUUCGGCAUGGUGACGUGCUUGACCGAGCUCGACGUGUCGUCGCACUCGAGCAUGGCCGAGAGGACAAAGGUCUGGGUGCACACUUGGGCUUCAGGACUCGAAAAGAUAUGGGGCCGCGGCUUCUUUUACCUCUUCCAGGGCUCCCUGAUGAUGGCCACGCCCGAGUCCCCCGGCGUCGGCAGCCUCAUCGGCGCCUACAUGUGUGUCCUCGGUGUCCUGUGCUUACAGAAGUGGUGCAGGUCGGACGAGUUCCGGCCGCACCUGCAGGAGGACUACAUUCACCUUCCUGCCGACCCGCGCAUGGGCAUGAUGGGGGGGGACGUGAGAAGGGGCGGGCCUUCGCAGAAGGCUCGGAAGUACCCGGGCCUCCUGAGAGCUAGUGGCAGCCUGCUCGGGACGCUCGGCUGCCUGUGUGACUGCUCGGAGCUGUCAGCGCUGUCCAUGGGCACGUUUGCUGCCAUCACGCACAUGGGGUCGGAGCGAGCUGCAUAUCCGACACUGCACCCCGCAUUGGGCAGGAUGGCGGCGCGCUGCGGGCACGCCCGCUGCAGCGUGACGCACUGCGUCGCGGCCUUCGCGUGGCAGAGCACAGCUGCGCGGAUCAUGCUCCGCUGCUGCUCGGGGGAGCUCGUGCGGCUUCGGGGGACGUCGGCGGGUCGCGGCCAGGAGGUUGUGCGCCGGGACUGCGACGAUCUGGCACAGGCUCUGGUCGGCGAGGUGACAAAGGUCCACUGGCUAAAGCUGCUCCUGAUCCUCAUGCCCGGCCUUCUUCCUGGCAGUCUCAAGCAGCGAGUCGAAAAUGCCCUACGCCAACUCGUGCUUGACUCCAUGGGUGGUGGCCAGAGCCUCGGUGAAGGAGCCCUCGUCGCUGUUGCUGUCCUGACGCUGGUACUCCUGGAUCCAGGUGAGAAGCUGCUGGUAGCGCCCUUGGACGGCGGCCCAUUGACCCACGCCCCAAGUUGCCUCGCCGCCGACGGUGGUGAAGGUACGCUGGGGGCCGAGCGGCCGCACACUCGGCAGCGAGAGCGAGACAUGAAGUUGAAGCGAUACCCGCAUUUCUUGUGGCCGCACUGCCACGUCUCAAAAUUGGCGUACGCUCCGUCAUUUGCCAUCGACGCGCCGUGGAAAGUGAAAGCAGAUGUGCAGACGUACAAGACGGGUCCCGUGGGCGCGGCAGCCACGAUGGCGUGGCGGGGCAUGGAGGGUAGGCUGUUCGCGGCGUGGAAUGGCGAGCGCGGCGGUUUCGCGCGCAUCAUCGGUGGCGUCGCAAUUUCCAGGCACGUUCAGAAGAUAGGCCAGGCGCCUCGGCACGCGGGGGCCGCGGCGGCGUCCGCGGGGGGCGCCCAGCCAGCCGCGCCUGACGCGCGACGUCGGCUCCUGGAUCAGGAUUGGGAGGUGUGGAACCUGAUCCGGUGGGACAUCAUCCCGAACUGGCCGAGCAGGAGAUACGACCUGAUCCACAGCAAUUGCAUCCACUUCGCUGAGGAAAUGGUGGAGCUCUUGGGGGUGGAUGCCGUGCCCGCCUGGGUCAAGGGCUUGCACGAGAACGCAGCGGCCCUCCUCAGAGUGCCCUGGCCGCUGUCCCUGAUGUAUGGCAGCGGGGAGAGCGGCGCCGGCGCCGGCGGUGGGGACGGCCUCCCCGAGGGCGCGGCGGGCUCGGCGGGCGGCGGCGAGGCGCGCACGUCGCUCCGCAGGGCCUUCUCGGCCGCCUCGAAGGUGCCCGAGGACGCCCGCGGCGCCGGGUCCCGCCGCGCCCCGCGCGGAGGGCCUCGCAGCGUGGCGCCGCGCCCGGCGUCGCCGACUGCAGCGACGAGGACGCCGACAGCUUCGCCAGCUUCGACGAGGACCUCGCCUAGCAGUCUGAGAGGGCGCGCAGGGCUGGCAAGACCUGCACCCGCGUGUCCACUGCGUCUUGGAGUUUCGGGCUCCCCUGGGCCUCGUUCCCUAUGUAGGGUUCCUUGGGUCACCGCCCCGACUGUAUGGCGUCGGCGUAUCGAUGCAAGUCCUGGACGCAUCGCAGCGCGGCAGGUCGGACGGGGGCCGGCCGAGCAGCGCCGCCGAGCCUCGGCGCGCACCGGCCGCCGGGCGCAGGCCUCGCGUUAGGCCUCCUCGGGCCGGGCCUGGCGCCAGGCCUCCUCUGCCUCCUGCCUCCCCCUCCUCCCCCUCCCCCUCCUCCUCCUCUUUUCUUUCUAUCUCCGUCCUCCUACUUCUGGCGAGUAGGUCGCUGCGCGUUGUUAGAGCCAGCUAGGGAGAUCGCGGGUUUCGCUGUGCGCCUCGUGCCUUGAGGGCAAA